UUUUCUCCCCCCCCCCUCUUUAAUCCUGCUUUCAUACUGGCUCCUCUCACUCUUCACGGGCAGGAACACCAGGCCUUUUAAAUCCCCUAAUUAGCACUCGAGCGCUUUAAUAAGGCACUUAACCUUUCGCGCGCCCCCUGUUCACAUGCGUUCUGCGUCGAGUUUAAUUGCUGUGAUUAAACGAAUCGAUUCGCUUCUCCCAGACUUGAAACUUUUGAUUGACAGCAGAAAUUGAUAUUUUGGCGAGUAAAGCGUUUGGCUGAGACGUCCCAGGUACCGUGAGCUUAUCUUGGUCUAAGGCAAUAAUAACGUGGGGCUAAGCGGCGUGUUUUUUGUAAGCAGGGGCUUUCUAAAUGACAUCUUAAUCAUCGCCGGGGUUGUCAUGGUGAAAAGUUUAUCGCUAUGGCUGAAGAUUGCGAAGGGGCAGCGACUGGCUCUUUUGGAAGAUGUAGGAGAAGCAGAGGAGAUGCUGAACAGCUGAUUUCGGGUGUUCAGAUUGACCUGUGCCUCGCAUCUGCUCCCCAGAGCACGGCCGAGGAGUUCUUUGAAGAGGACUCCUGCUCCUUAUCAUCGUCCCUGUCGCCGUCCACGUCGCCGCACAGCAUGGCCGCGGCCGCCCUGGACGGCAGAGCGGUGUGCACCAGCUGCGGCUUGGACAUUGUCGACAAGUAUCUGCUCAAGGUUAACGACUUGUGCUGGCAUGUGAGAUGCCUCUCUUGCAGCGUCUGUCGCAUUUCUCUGGGGCGACACGCCAGCUGCUACAUUAAGGAGAAGGAGGUGUUUUGCAAACUUGACUACUUCAGAAGAUACGGGACGCGGUGUGCCCGCUGCGGCCGGAACAUCCACUCCACGGACUGGGUGCGCAGGGCCAAGGGCAACGUCUACCACCUGGCGUGCUUUGCCUGUUUCUCCUGCAAGCGGCAGCUCUCCACGGGGGAGGAGUUUGCCCUGGUGGAGGAGCGCGUCCUGUGCCGCGUGCACUACGACUGCAUGCUGGACAAUCUGAAGCGGGCUGUGGAGACCGGAAGUGGUGUAAAUGUAGAUGGUGCAGUGCCGUCGGAGCAGGAAGUGAAGCAGCCCAGGCCGGCUAAACGAGCCCGCACCAGCUUCAGUGCCGACCAGCUGCAGGUGAUGCAGACGCAGUUUGCUCAGGAUAAUAACCCCGACGCGCAGACACUGCAGAAGCUGGCGGAGCGGACAGGCUUGAGCCGGCGUGUCAUUCAGGUUUGGUUCCAGAACUGCCGCGCUCGUCACAAGAAGCACGUGAGCCCCAGGCACGCCUCCGCUGCCCCUGUGUCCUCUCUGCCGGCCCGCCUGUCUCCACCGCUGAUGGACGAGCUGCAUUUCUCCUCCUUUGGCCCGGCGGAUGGGCCCAUGCUCACUGCACUGCAUUCUUAUGUGGAUGUUCACUCUCCGGCGGUGGUAUUCCAGCCCCUGCUGUCUCACUCCAUGACGCAGCUUCCUGUUAGCCACGCCUGAGCUGCCUGGGUGGGGAUCUGUGACCAGGGUCCACACAGGUCAGAACUGUCUGUGCAGCACAGCGAGACCUGCCACUCGAACCCAGGGGCAGAAGGAGGUGCCCCCACCCUCACAGGAGGGGAAAUAAUUCAGUGUUAAACGAGGUUGUUGUAAAACUUUUUUUUUUUUUUGAAUAUAUCUAUUGGUGAGUAAAUUCAUGGUAUUAACUUAUUUUGUGUAUGUGACAGAGCACUUUGUUUUAAAAUAAAAUGGCUGCAGAAGUGGA